AUGGGUAUCUGCAGCUCCUCAUGCUGUGGAGCCAAAUCCCGCGAUAACCUGUACGAGCCCGUCCUCGCUGACAGCGAGCGAGAGGCUGUUGCCGAUCUUCUGCAAUACCUCGAAAACCGCGGCGAGACCGAUUUCUUCUCCGGCGAGCCUCUCCGAGCCCUGAGCACCCUCGUCUUCUCCGAUAACAUCGACCUUCAACGAAGCGCAAGCCUGACGUUUGCUGAGAUCACCGAGCGAGAUGUUCGAGAAGUCGACCGUGACACCCUUGAGCCGAUACUGUUCCUUCUUCAGAGCUCCGAUAUCGAGGUGCAGCGGGCGGCAAGCGCAGCUCUCGGUAAUCUUGCUGUGAAUACGGAAAACAAGGUUCUCAUCGUGCAGCUCGGCGGCCUCCCUCCCCUCAUCCGACAAAUGCUAUCACCAAAUGUGGAAGUUCAGUGCAAUGCCGUAGGGUGUAUAACAAACCUCGCUACGCAUGAGGAGAACAAGGCGAAGAUUGCAAGAUCUGGUGCUCUCGGCCCACUUACGCGGCUGGCCAAGUCUAGAGACAUGCGUGUGCAGAGAAACGCGACGGGCGCGUUACUGAACAUGACCCAUUCUGACGAGAAUCGCCAACAGCUUGUGAAUGCCGGUGCUAUACCCGUCCUGGUCCAACUCCUCUCCUCUCCCGACGUCGACGUUCAAUAUUACUGCACGACAGCACUCAGCAACAUCGCGGUCGAUGCCAACAAUCGAAAGAAACUUGCGCAGACAGAGGCAAAGCUCGUACAGUCCCUUGUCAAUCUCAUGGACUCGUCCUCUCCAAAGGUUCAGUGCCAAGCUGCUUUGGCUCUGCGCAAUCUUGCCUCAGAUGAGAAGUAUCAGUUGGACAUCGUCAGAUCCCAUGGUCUAAACCCGUUGCUACGACUGCUUCAGUCUUCCUAUCUUCCGCUGAUACUAUCCGCGGUGGCUUGCAUUCGGAACAUCUCCAUACACCCCAUGAACGAGUCCCCUAUCAUCGACGCUGGCUUCCUGAAACCCCUUGUGGAUCUGCUCGGCUCCACGGACAACGAGGAGAUUCAAUGUCAUGCAAUCUCAACUCUUCGAAACCUCGCUGCCAGCUCUGAUCGCAACAAGGCUCUUGUCCUGGAGGCUGGAGCAGUGCAGAAAUGCAAGCAGCUGGUGCUGGAUGUGCCAGUGGCGGUCCAGUCAGAAAUGACUGCUGCCAUUGCCGUGCUAGCCCUGAGUGACGAGCUCAAGACUCAUCUUCUUGAUCUGGGCGUUUUUGAUGUUCUCAUACCGCUCACUCAGUCUUCAAGCAUUGAGGUUCAAGGCAAUAGCGCCGCUGCGCUUGGAAAUCUGUCUUCCAAAGUGGGCGAUUACGCUAUUUUCAUAUCAGCAUGGACCGACCCCAAUGGUGGUAUCCAUGGCUACCUCAGCAGGUUUCUCGGCAGCGGUGAUGCCACAUUCCAGCACAUUGCCAUCUGGACAUUGCUUCAGCUUCUCGAGUCUGAAGACAAGAAGUUGAUCGGCCUGAUUGGCAAAUCUGAUGAUGUUGUCGAAAUGAUAAGACAGAUCGCGAACAAGCAAGUCGAGACCGAAGAGAACGAGCCGGAGGAGGACGAUGAGGGUGAGGUGGUCAACCUUGCACAGCGAUGCCUUGAACUCCUGGGCCAGAGCGGCUCCAAGGCCCAUAUCGAAGGCUGA